CUUGGAAUUGGGAGGAAGAGGGAGAGGGAGACGGGGACGAGACCGGGGCCGUGGUGCGGAGAGAGGCUGAGGCUGAGAAGAGGAGAGGGAGAGAAGGCGCGGGGACCGUCCUUAGCUACAAUCUGUCAGCUACCCCCAGGAGAGAGAAGGGAGGAGGCCGGGGCGGGAGUGAGGGCUGUCACCCUCGGACCCCGGCGUGAGAGGGGCCGUGCGGCCGGACGUCCUCGGGGUGGGCCCCCUGUCGGUGGCUGAAGACCUGGGGCUCAGGCCCUUCGGUCGCGAAUUUCCGGGCUUGACCCCUCGCUUCUCAAAUAUCCGGGUAUCAGCCCCUCAGACCCAACAUAUCCAGGACUCGGGUCCCAACCUCUCUAAACCUGGGGCUCUGUUUCAUAGGAUUUCAAAAAUCUGGGGUUCAGGCCCCUGCGUGCACCAGUAUCCGGGGUUCAUUCCCCGCGCGUUCAGAUAUCAAAUUCAGCCUCCCUUCGUUCAAAUAUCUGGGGUUCAGACCCCACAACCAGAAAUCCGGGAUUCAGCAACUGUCGCCCUCGGGGAGGAGGAGGACUGGACCGCGAGGUCAGAUCAGGUUGUCACCCCCUCCCCUCCAGGGGAGGCUUCCCGGGCCCGCCCCUCAGGAAGGGCGAAAGCCGAGGAAGAGGUGGCAAGGGGAAAGGUCUCCUUGCCCCUCUCCCUGCUUGGCAGAGCCGCUGGAGGACCCCAGGAGGAGGCGGAAGCGCUGGGGCACCAUAGUGACCCCUACCAGGUCAGGCCCCACUCUCAGGGCCCCCAGGGGCCAUCAUGCCAGCUGGGGGCCGGGCCGGGAGCCUGAAGGACCCCGAUGUGGCUGAGCUGUUCUUCAAGGAUGACCCUGAAAAGCUCUUCUCUGAUCUCCGGGAAAUUGGCCAUGGCAGCUUUGGAGCCGUGUACUUUGCCCGAGAUGUCCGGAAUAGUGAGGUGGUGGCCAUCAAGAAGAUGUCCUACAGUGGGAAGCAGUCAAAUGAGAAGUGGCAGGAUAUCAUCAAGGAGGUGCGGUUCCUGCAGAAGCUCCGGCACCCCAAUACCAUUCAGUACCGGGGCUGUUACCUGAGGGAGCACACGGCUUGGCUGGUGAUGGAGUAUUGCCUGGGCUCAGCUUCUGACCUUCUAGAAGUGCACAAGAAGCCCCUUCAGGAGGUGGAGAUUGCAGCUGUGACCCACGGGGCCCUUCAGGGCCUGGCUUAUCUGCACUCCCACAACAUGAUCCAUAGGGAUGUGAAGGCUGGAAACAUCUUGCUAUCAGAGCCAGGCUUGGUGAAGCUGGGGGACUUUGGCUCUGCAUCUAUCAUGGCACCCGCCAACUCCUUUGUGGGCACCCCAUACUGGAUGGCUCCGGAGGUGAUCCUGGCAAUGGAUGAGGGGCAGUACGAUGGCAAGGUGGAUGUCUGGUCCUUGGGGAUAACCUGCAUUGAGCUGGCCGAACGGAAACCACCGCUGUUUAACAUGAAUGCGAUGAGUGCCUUAUACCACAUUGCACAGAACGAGUCCCCUGUGCUCCAGUCAGGACACUGGUCUGAGUACUUCCGGAAUUUUGUUGACUCCUGUCUUCAGAAAAUCCCUCAAGACAGACCAACCUCAGAGGUUCUUCUGAAGCACCGCUUUGUGCUCCGGGAGCGGCCACCCACAGUCAUCAUGGAUCUCAUCCAGAGGACUAAGGAUGCUGUGCGGGAGCUGGACAACCUGCAGUACCGAAAGAUGAAGAAGAUCCUGUUCCAAGAGGCACCCAAUGGCCCUGGUGCUGAGGCCCCAGAGGAAGAGGAGCCUGCACCCUGUCCACAGGAGGCCGAGCCCUAUAUGCACCGGGCUGGGACGCUGACCAGUCUAGAGAGUAGCCACUCAGUGCCCAGCAUGUCCAUCAGCGCCUCCAGCCAGAGCAGUUCGGUCAACAGCCUAGCAGAUGCUUCAGACAAUGAGGAGGAGGAGGAGGAAGAAGAAGAGGAAGAGGAGGAAGAGGAAGGGCCCGAAGCCCGAGAGAUGGCCAUGAUGCAGGAGGGGGAGCACACAGUCACCUCCCAUAGUUCCAUCAUCCACCGACUGCCGGGUUCUGACAACCUGUAUGAUGACCCCUACCAGCCAGAGAUGACCCCUGGCCCUCUCCAGCAGCCGGCAGCCCCAGCUCCCACCUCUACCACCUCUUCUGCCCGCCGCCGGGCCUACUGCCGCAACCGGGACCACUUUGCCACCAUUCGUACUGCCUCCCUGGUCAGCCGCCAGAUCCAGGAGCACGAGCAGGACUCGGCGCUGCGGGAGCAGCUGAGUGGCUAUAAGCGGAUGCGACGACAGCACCAGAAGCAGCUGCUGGCCCUCGAGUCGCGGCUGCGGGGUGAGCGCGAGGAGCACAGCGCGCGGCUGCAGCGGGAGCUUGAGGCCCAGCGGGCUGGCUUUGGGGCUGAGGCAGAAAAGCUGUCCCGGCGGCACCAGGCCAUCGGUGAGAAGGAGGCUCGAGCUGCCCAGGCCGAGGAGCGGAAGUUCCAGCAGCACAUCCUUGGGCAGCAGAAGAAGGAGCUGGCCGCCCUGCUGGAGGCACAGAAGCGAACCUACAAACUGCGGAAGGAGCAGCUGAAAGAGGAGCUCCAGGAGAACCCCAGCACCCCGAAGCGGGAGAAGGCCGAGUGGCUUCUGAGGCAGAAGGAGCAGCUCCAGCAGUGCCAGGCGGAGGAGGAGGCGGGGCUGCUGCGACGUCAGCGCCAGUACUUUGAGCUUCAGUGUCGCCAGUAUAAGCGCAAGAUGCUGCUGGCUCGUCACAGCCUGGACCAGGACCUGCUGCGGGAGGAUUUGAACAAGAAGCAGACCCAGAAGGACUUGGAGUGUGCGUUGCUGCUGCGGCAGCAUGAGGCCACACGGGAGCUGGAGCUACGGCAGCUCCAGGCCGUCCAGCGCACACGGGCGGAGCUCACCCGCCUGCAGCACCAGACGGAGCUGGGUAACCAGCUGGAGUACAACAAGCGGCGUGAGCAAGAGUUGCGGCAGAAGCACGCGGCCCAGGUUCGCCAGCAGCCCAAGAGCCUCAAAGUACGUGCAGGCCAGCGUCCCCCGGGCCUCCCGCUCCCCAUUCCUGGGGCUCUGGGACCACCCAGCACAGGCACCCCUAGAGAAGAGCAGCCCUGUUCAUCUGACCAGGAGGCAGUCCUGAACCAAAGAAUUCUGGGAGAGGAGGAGGAAGCAGUUCCAGAGAGAAGGAUUCUGGGAAAGGAAGGGGCCACCUUGGAGCCAGAGGAACAGAGGAUAUUGGGGGAAGAAUCAGGAACCCCUAGUCCCGGUCCACAAAAACAUAGGAGUUUGGUUGAGGAGGAAGUUUGGGGUCUGCCUGAGGAGGAGGUAGAAGAACUUAGAGUCCCAUUCCUGGCACCCCAGGAGAGGAGCAUUGUAGGCCAGGAGACAGCUGGGGAAUGGAGGUUAUGGGGGAAAGAGGAUGGGAGCCUACUGGAUGAGGAAUUUGAGCUUGGCUGGAUCCCAGGCCCGGCACUGACCCCAGUUCCCGAGGAGGAGGAGGAAGAGGAAGAGGGAGCUCCAAUUAGGACCCCAAGGGAUCCUGGAGAUGGCUGUCCCUCACCAGACAUCCCCCCUGAGCCCCCUCCAACACAUCUGAGGCACGGCCCUGCUAGCCAGCUCCCUGGACUUCUGUCCCAUGGUCUCCUGGCCGGCCUCUCCUUUGCAGUGGGGUCCUCCUCUGGCCUCCUGCCCCUCCUACUCCUGCUGCUCCUCCCACUGCUGGCAGCGCAGGGUGGGGGUGGCCUGCAGGCCUCACUGCUGGCCCUUGAGGUGGGGCUGGUGGGCCUGGGGGCCUCCUACCUACUUCUUUGUACAGCUCUGCACCUGCCCCCCAGUCUGUUCCUACUCCUGGCCCAGGGCACCGCACUGGGGGCCGUCCUGGGUCUGAGUUGGCGCCGUGGCCUUAUGGGUGUCCCUCUGGGCCUUGGGGCUGCCUGGCUCUUAGCCUGGCCAGGCCUGGCUCUACCUCUGGCAGCUCUCGCAGCUGGGGGCAAAUGGUUGCGGCAGCAGGGCCCCCGGAUGCGCCGGGGUAUCUCUCGACUCUGGUUGCGGGCUCUCCUGCGCCUAUCGCCCAUGGCCUUUCGUGCCCUACAGGGCUGUGGGGCUGUGGGGGACCGGGGCCUGUUUGCACUCUACCCCAAAACCAACAAGGAUGGCUUCCGCAGCCGUUUGCCUGUCCCUGGGCCCCGGCGGGGUAAUCCCCGCACUGCCCGACACCCACUAGCCCUGUUGGCGAGGUUUUGGACCCUGUGCAAGGGCUGGAACUGGCGCCUGGCACGGGCCAGCCAGGGUUUAGCCUCCCACUUGCCCCCCUGGGCCAUCCACACACUGGCCAGCUGGGGCCUGCUCCGGGGUGAAAGGCCCAGCCGUAUCCCUCGGCUGCUGCCACGCAGCCAGCGCCGGCUGGGGCCUCCUGCCUCUCGCCAGCCAGUGCCUGGGACUCUAACUGGGCGGCGAUCCCGAACCCGCCAGUCCCGGGCCCUGCCUCCCUGGAGGUAACCAACUCUGGCUCCUCCUCAGCCCGAGUCUAGAGCAUCGAGCACUUUAUCUCCCACUACUCAGUGAGGUUUCUCCAGUCCCAAUCCUCUCCUCCCUUUCACCCCUCCUUCCUUAGUAUGCUUUCCCACCUCACCCCAGUCCUUUGGACCUCUAGACAGGCAGCCUCCUCCACCGUGGAGUCCAGAAGUUACACUUUGUGUUCUCCUGACACUCCUCCCCCACCCUAAAUUAUUGCUGUUCUCCCGCUGUGUGUGUGCUCAUCCUCACCCUCAUCAACUCAGGCCUGGGGCCAGGGGUGGCGGUGGGUGGGAAGUCAUGUUUUUUUUUUCUCUCUUUGAUUUUGUUUUUCUGUCUCCCUUCCAACCUGUCCCCUUUCCCCCACCAAAAAAAAGAAAAAGACAAACACAAAUAAAAUAUCUGAGCGGAACUGUACCUUUGGCCCAGGCUGCCUCUGUCUGCUUUGUCCUGCCGCCUAGCAUCCCGGGUAUGCCCCCAAUCUGGACCCUUGGCCCCCAGUUCCAUGACCUCUUCACCCCCAUCUACGUUAUCUUAACUCCUUUCACUCCUCAGCCUCAUCCUCUCUGCCUUCAUAGCUUCGUUGCACCAUGACCACCACUAGCUCAGAGGUCUGAGCCCCUAUUGAGCUUCCACAGAACUUCU